AUGCUAGUUGGAAGUACCACCUCUGGCUUCGUGUUCGCGCUCGACCUCGCAAGUGGAGAUGAGCUGUGGGCAACCUGGGUCUCGAACGAUAUCGCUGGCGUCAAGGGGUCUGUGGCGUGCAAGGGCGGCAUCGUAGUGGUUGCAACCGACCGGUGUACUGACCGGUAUUGCUACAGGUACCGUAACCAGACUAAUGUCCUGACGCCAGGUAAUGCCGUGGUGCGGGGCCUGAGUGCCGCGGACGGCAGUUCCGUCUGGUCCUACAAGACCUUCCAGCCCACGUGGAACAUGAUCCCACUGUGGGGCCCGGGAGACUCCGUGAUGUUCCAAGAUUGGGAGGGCAGGGUGUACAGCUUGAACUACCUGACUGGCAACCCCAAUUUCAUGGUCGGCGGUGACAUCGGAACGCACACCAAUGCGCACGCCGUGUACGACUCCAACCACAACGUCGUUGUUGCUUUAGGCGUGAAGUUUUACACCUCGGGCCGUUGCAACCCGUACCCAGCGCCUGGCAUCCUCCCCUCGUGCUGGACGUGGCCAGGCACCAGGGGCUUCAUCCGCGGCUACAACGCCAGCUCUGGCAGGAGGAUCUGGGAGGUGCAGACGCCGGAGCCGCCGGCCAGUGGCACCGCUGCCAUGCUCAACACCCCCGCGUUCCACACCCGCCUGGUGGUCACCCUGGGCCACAACUGCUACCUCGGCUCCCCCACGCAGAUCUGGGGCCUUGAUCCCGACGACGGCGACAUCAGAAGAGCAAGAAAUGGAGCAGGCGAGGGUGCCGACGUUCGCCGGGCCAUGGGCGGCCGCGAGAAGUGCUCGCCGAACAGUUGGUCCAUGCCAGUGGUGGAUUCGAUGGGCGACAUAUACGUUGGUAACCAGGUCGGCCAGUUGAUGAGGUACGGCUUUGCGGGGGCUGAGUACCGAUCCGAGCUGCUGUCGACUCUGACGACCGGCGUGGCCUUCCAGGAUGCAGCCAUUGCGUUCGGCGCAGGCGUCAUGGCCGUGUCCACCUGCACCUCCCUCAUUGUUUUUCAGACCAUGGCAGCGCCCCGCUGGGCCGCCGCGCGGCGCGCGUGCUCGGGCCCGCCCGCGGGCAGGCCGGCGCCGGACGACUACGUCUGCGCGCCCUGCCGGCUGGAGAAGGUGGACGAGUUUCACCCGGCCGUGGGGCCGGCGCUUCUGAAGUACGGCUACGCGUCGUCCUCAUCUACAUUUUCGCUCACCUUCACCUCGCAGGCGGCGCAGUGGAAGAAGCAGCAGUGGGCCGUGCACCUGCGAUCUGUAGACCUCAGCAGCUCCACGGACCUGAGCGGGCCGGCGUGGCCGCACCGGGUCCAGGGGAAGCUCAACGGCAGGCAGUGCGUGGCCAUCGACCCGCCGAAGCACCUGCACGUGCGCCGGGAGCAGUGUUAUAACCUGACGCCGCUGCUGCGGCCAGGCUCGAACACGCUCGAGCUGAAGUUUUCCAACAAACCAGACAGGCCCAAGGAGGAGCCAGAGACCCACUACUGCGUCGGGGUGGUGCUGACCCGCCCGAGGUCUGUAGCAUCCAUCAUCUCGCGCAUAAAGGGCCGCUCCUCCCAGACCGUCAUCUCGGGCAGAGCUCGGGUCGAGGGGCUGAUCGCGGAGGUGGCUCGGAGAGAGGCCGGGCAGGACGAGUGCAAGGUCACGGGCAACUUCGGCCGCAUGCUGAAGCCGCUCUGCCCCGUCUCCUUCUGCCCGAUCGAGGAGGCCGCCAUCGGCAGACUCUGCAACCAUGUCCAGGUCUUCGACCUGCAGUCGUACAUAGCGGUCAACCAGAGGAUGCGCUCCCUGGACAAGCGGUGGACCUGCCCCGUGUGCAGCCUGCCCCUGAGGCCGGACGACGUGGUGCUGGACCCGUUCUCGCAGGGCAUUCUUGACACGCUGCGUGGUGACGAGGACUUGGUUGAGGCGAUUGUCUUCAACGAGGAUUGCUCGUGGUCGACCAUCUCCGCGGUCAAGGAAGACAAGCAGCGGGCCGCCGCCGGGGACGGGGACGAGGGAGCCCCCGACGGGGCGGAGCUCAUCGACCUGUCCGACUCCGAGUGA